GGAAAAUUUUUUGGAAUAACCCUUUCACGCCGUGUAAAAAGAUAACUUUAACGCCGUGUAAAAAAGAUAACAUUAACGCCGUCUAUCGUUCUUCUUCGUCGCGCUUUCUCUCAAACUCUCCGUCACUUUGGGGAUUCGAAUCGUAAUUGGUCGGUGUGCAGUGACACAGCUUGCGCACGCUCAUAACCGGUCCCCUGAGUCUGAUUGCGGGAAAAAUUGGGAGAAUCGCUUCAAUCUGAGAAGAAAAAUGCAAUUUUCAUGUGAUCCUGAUCAAGAAGGAGAUGAGCUGCCACAAUACGAACACAUCUAUCAAAAUGACUUCUCAUAUCGAAAGCACAAGAAACAGAAGGAAGAGGAUAUCUCUAUCUGCGAAUGCAAGUUCGAUUUUGGAGACCCUGACAGUGCGUGUGGUGAGAGGUGCCUGAAUGUUAUAACGAACACGGAAUGUACGCCUGGAUACUGCCCUUGUGGUGUCUAUUGCAAGAAUCAGAAAUUCCAAAAAUGUGAGUACGCGAAAACAAAGUUGAUUAAGUCUGAAGGCCGUGGAUGGGGACUAGUGGCUCUUGAAGACAUAAAGGCAGGACAGUUCAUAAUUGAGUACUGUGGGGAAGUAAUAUCAUGGAAAGAAGCAAAGCGUAGGGCUCAAACUUAUGAAACUAAUGGUGUCAAGGACGCAUACAUAAUAUCUCUCAAUGCCUCUGAGGCUAUCGACGCCACGAAGAAGGGAAGCCUUGCUAGUAGACCAAAUUGUGAGACGAGGAAGUGGAAUGUUCUGGGAGAAGUUAGGGUCGGAAUCUUUGCAAAAGAGGGCAUCUCUCCUCGGACCGAACUGGCUUACGACUAUAACUUUGAGUGGUACGGCGGUGCCAAAGUCCGUUGUCUCUGUCGUGCAGUCUCUUGUUCUGGGUUUCUUGGAGCCAAGUCUCGUGGCUUUCAGGCAAGUCCUUACGAUAUCGUUUCUAAUAAUACUAUUAUCAGUCAAAUGGUCUAUGCCUAUUCUUAUGCCUUUCUACCAUUUCAGGAGGAUACAUAUGUAUGGGAGGAUGGAGAUGAUCGGUAUUCAGUUGAUAAAAUUCCAGUGUAUGAUUCUGCAGAAGACGAGCUUACAUCGGAGCCCUCUAAGAAUGCUGACUCCAACACAAAUGAAGAGAAAGACAUCUCAACGGAGACCCAUUUGGAGUCUACUUCUGUGACUGUUCAGCAAUCGGAUUCAACUCCUAUGGAGGAAGAUGUUGUCGCGGAAACUGUUAAAACCGAAGAAGCUGAAGAUAUGAAGCUGCCCUCACAAGACUCACAACAAGAUUCAUCGCAGAAAACCGCAAUUAUACCACGUGUUCGUGGUAACAGUGACAAGAGUAAACCCGGGACUCUUCCGAAGAAAAGAGGCAGGCCGCUUUCAAGCGGAAGGACUAAGAAUGUCGCUCAGAAGAACGUUGAUAUAGCGAACAGUGUGGCAACAAGUGUGGCGGAGAAGUGGAUACAAGCAAGCUGCUGUAAACUCAAGGCGGAGUUUGAUCUUUACUCUUGCGUAAUAAAGAACAUCGCUUGCACUCCCAUCAAACCACAGGACACAAAGAACAAAGCUGUGGAAACAGGCAAUGAUGAUGACCAGAUUAAGCUCUUGGAAAGCUAA